CCUUGCCUCCUCCACUUGUGCUUGUCUCCUCGUCCCGCCUCCUGGCCCCUCCUCCGUGGAGAAAACGAUAAAGUUUCCCAGCUGUCAGCCUCGCCACAACAACUUUUGAGGGACUGUUUUUCAUUCACCAUCCCAAUUGCAAAUGAGAAAAAGACUUUACAAUUGAGCUUUUGCAAGAUAUUGAAAUGUAAUGCUGUUGUCAGUGAUGUCAUCAUGACGAGAAGCAAGUGGAGGAGGCAAGUGGAGGAGGCAAGGUCACGUAUUGGGAUGCACCCCAAGACACGACACAUCAGCACAGCUGAGCAUAACAGAGGCGCACCACAUAAUCCACUGGCAACUACCGUUAACGUGUCUGGAAAUAUAACGUCGUCACCCUCGAAUAUGCAGCAACAAUCUUUCAACAAUCCGAGAAUCCCAUUCACUGGUGCCAUCAAGGAGGGCCUUAUUAAUGGAACGACUAUCACCAUCGUCGGCAGAGUACUGCCGUUUACCGAAAGGUUCCAGGUGGACUUUAAGUGCGGUGAAGACAGAGCGCUCCACUUCAACCCGCGCUACCCUCUGCUGAUGAACUACGUGGUGUGCAACACCUUGCAGGGCUCCAGCUGGGGCAUCGAGGAGCGCAAGUCCCCCAACCCCAUCCCUCUCGGAAGCGGCUUCACCUUGACCUUCAUGGUCAAACCCGACGCAUACUCGAUAGUUGUGAAUGGGGUCCAUUUCCACGACUACCAGCACCGUAUCCGUGCAUCCAGAGUGAGAAACAUCUUCAUCGAUGGGGGAGUAGAGAUCCACUCUGUGACCAUUCAGACUCCUGCUCAGCCAGUUCAAAGUGCAGUGCCAACCCAAACAGCCCCACCAAUGACUUAUGUUUUUCAGUCUUUUGCGCCUCCAAAUGCUCAGAGUGCACCUCAGCAAGUGACCGUCUGUCAUCCUGUGACUCACCCCCCAUGCCCCCCAAGGGACCCCGGCACCAACUUUCAAACCUACUGCCCUACUUUGUACCAGUGCUACGGUGUCAAGGCACCACCACCUUAUACUCCUUCACCGACUCAUGCUGUCCCAUACAAGACGGUUCUUCCAGGAGGGCUGUAUCCUGGGAAGAGCAUCACCAUCCAGGGCACUCCAAACCAUUAUGCCAUCAGGUUCGACAUCAACCUGCGCUUCAACGGUGGCAUAGCGUUCUGCUUCAACCCCAGGUUCAAUGAGAACACUGUGGUCCGUAAUAGUCUCCUGGAUAACCGCUGGGGCCCGGAGGAACGGUGUGGGGGGAUGCCCUUCCACUGUGGACAUCCCUUUACGGUGAUGAUCGUGUGUGACGUGGCGUGCUACAGGAUCAUCGUCAACGGCAUCCAGAUGUUCACCUACAACCAUCGCCGUGGUAACCACGAGGAGACAGACAUUCUGGAGGUGACAGGGGAUGUUAGCUUGUCCUCAGUGCAGCUCUAAAUGCAAAACUAUCAAAGUACAAAGUAGGUUGUUAGUAUAUAUUGCCUUUGCCUUUAAGAAGUAUGCUAAUAUGCAUAUAUUGCCUUUUAAAAGAAGUAUGUUAGUAUGCCAAAGACUAACCCUACUUAGCAUCUGCACUUGUUGUUCUGUAGGCCUAUAUUUCCUGUGCACUUCGUUUCUGCUAGUGAUGUCUGCUAUGAUUAUGUCCUCGAUUGGAAGUCGCUUUGGUUAAAAAAAGCGUCUGCUAAAUGCAAUGUGUUGUAAUAAUGUAAUGUAAUGCAUAUGAUUCCUUCAGAAAAGUGUAUUUAUUAGUAGGCCUAUGCAUAGAUUUUCUUUUUGUUUUUUUUUCAAUGUCCAGGUCUUUCUUCGGGUUUCAGUAAACGCACACCGUUUGAGGUGCGUACGGCAGACAAUUAGACUCAACUUGAAAAAGAAUGGUCGUCGCACACUCAGAACUUCAUGCA